AUGCCAACGGGAGCAGCAAGAUUCUUGAGCCUCGCCAAGCACUGGCGCCGCUUUUUCUCAAACCCGACGACACCUGCAGAGGAGGAGGAGCAGGAGGAGGAGCAGGAGGAGGAGCAGGAGGAGGAGGAGGAGGUGGAAGAAGAAGAAGUGGAGGAAGAAGAGGUUGCAGCGUCAUGUCAAAACAACCUUGACCCGUUCCUUUCGUGCCUUUUGGUGCUCGUGUACGCAGUACAAUCUGUCGCUGGGCUCGACGGAGCAAACAGACGUCACGAGGGUCGUCAAGUGGACAUUCGAGCGAACCGCUGGCUGACCAGCGGACCCAAGCCAAAGGCCCAACUCCAGCUGCCUAGGGACCAAAAGGACCCAACGGAAAAAUCGCCACCCUUUGCCCCCAACCUGGGCAUUAUUCGUCGCGCCCCUGCCAUCGCCGUGCGGCACGCCAUAGAGGUCGAGCCUCGCAAGAAGAUUGCACGACCCUGCAUGCGCUCCUCCUGCACUGCCCACGACGCCGCCUCGGCCAUGACGAACCCAUCUCGCGGGCCUUCACUCCUUCAGGCCCGUGACGACGCUCCUUCAAACUCUCACCCGUCAUCACCCCGACUCCGCCACGACAAGUCGAGGGACGGCCGCUCGCACCCGCACCCGCACAAGCAUCAGCACCAGCACCCGCACAAGCAAAAGCACCGCCACCAGCACGGCUCGCCCGACGACACCACUCAUGCCGACCGACCAGGCGCUGGCCCGGACGACGACACCGAAAGAAAACGCGACAUCCUUGCCGAGCCAGAGGCCGCUCCUCUUCCUCGUGCUCCCAUCGUCAAUGUCAUGCCCGCGCCGGAAGCUGAAAUCCCCGUUGUCACCCACGUCGUGAAGACGGUCUCGCUCAUCCAUCUCGUCAAUCCUUUGGGUGUGGUCUGGAAGACGCAGACCGUCAACAGCCCUCCAAACAAGGUGGUGGGCGAAUAUUGGUCCGAAAAAACGCCAGCCGUUGCCGCCGUCGAGGCGAAGGCGAUAGCGCCUGCCGUCCCAGGCUCAGGCCGAGAUGCAGCCGCUCAGGCGGCGCCGCCCUCGAGCCAUCCUGCUCCCGUCAUGACCCCGCCUUCGCCCGCCGCUUCAUCUUCUUCCCGCCCAUCUAAUCCCACUCCCCCGUUGAGCGUACCGAUAUACCACCCCGCCGGCCAUGGAACAAACUGUAGGUUCUCUUGUCCCGCGAGCCUUUGGUUGGCAGCAAGCGAAGGGUCCAAGCUAAUGGAACCUCGAGUCACCAAAAACGGGAAUUCUUCAUAUACCCUUUCUGCAAACUCUUCGCAUGCCCUUUCGGCAUCCUCCUUUGUAACAUCUCUGCCUGUCAACUUGACCAGCACGGACCCGGUUUCUUCCUUUUCUCCGACGUCGACACCCUCCACCGACUCGGCGACUUCCUCCCCAUCCGUCUCCUUCGUGUCCAGCGUCACGGGGUCGGCGAGCGAUGUUUGGCACGGAGGAUUCAUCGAAAGCAGGCCCCCCAACGGCCCCCCACCGACUCCCAACACGGAUGGCGGCGGCGGUGGCGGCGGCGGCGGCGGCGGCACCAUCCAUGACCUCUCCCCGCAGCAGAAGCAAGUCAUCGGCGGCGUCGUAGGCAGCGUCGCCGGCGUCGCCUUUCUAGCCCUCCUCGUCCUCCUCGCCCUGCGAUACCGGAGGAGGCGGGACGCUCGACAGCUGCUAGGAGGGGGUCCGUCGGAGAUGACGGCGUCCAGAAGCGUAUUCGGCGGCGACGGCGGCUCCGGAAUCUCGAAAGCAAUGGUCGACAGGUCUCCGCCCACGGCCGUCGCCGCGGCGCUCGCGAGCCUGUCGGGCAAGAGAUCCGCUCCCCCGACGGCCGAUUCGGCAGAGGGGGGAGAGAAGGGCUUCUACCGCGUCUCCGGCAGGAAGCUGCCAUCCGUCUUCCUCGCCGGCGGCGACGGCUUCUCGGACCCCCGCGCGAGCAUCAUCAGCGGCCACUCGGACUACUUUCGAGGCUCUCAGGCGUUCGAACCCGACUCUCCAGGCGUCGCUCACCUGGCCCUCGGCGCUCCCAUGCGGCCCGUCAGCGGCGUUCCCAUCAUACGAUGCGGCCCCUGCCGCACGCCGGUCACGGAGGGCCCCUACGACGACGAAACGCCGUGCACUCCCGUCACGUACGACACCUCCGGCCAGGGCUACUUUGCUCCGAAAGGAAGCCCUCGCAGCCCGGGGUCGAGGUUCCAGGAGCGCGUCUGA